AAAACCCAUAAUAUAUUAAACAAUUUAAUAUAUUUGAUUUUAUUUAUUUUUGAUUUGCGUUAUAUGUUAAAAAAUAAAUCGUGUAAUUUUCUGUUUUCUUUAACCUUGACAAGACUUGAUGCAUCAAAACGAUCUCAGCAGUAGUUAACCAUAUUGUAGUUCGUUCAAGGAGAUAUCAAAUGUAAACAAAUGCACAUGAUAAAUGUGAUCGGAUCAGGAGCGUACUUAUAAUCUUCAGAUAUUAUAUUAUAAUAUUAUAAUAUUUUUCUGACGGAAAACUUAUGAGAAUUUACUCCUGUAUUUAACAAUUAACUAUCAUUCAGCAUCCAAGCUGAUAGCAAAUAGCUGGUGUCCUAACACUAAUCACAUUCUUAGUACGUGAUUGUUUCAUUUAGAUUUCUAUUUCGUUGUACGAGCUAUAGGUGGCGAUUUUCUUUAUAGUGUAUGUUACGCUAUUGAGAUAAUAUGAUACAGUUUCGUUAAAUAUGUGUGCGUAUGCUACUUAUCAGUGCCACUUUACUAUUUAAGACUAAAUAAAUCCUAAUUAAAUCGAAAAAAAAUGCAAAAAAAUUUGAUAAUGCAGAAUUUCUUUUAUUAAAAAUAAAUAAAAUCUUUUAAAGUGCAUUCUAUAUACAGAUACUAAAAGACUGCAAAAAUACUUGUUAUAUUUGCUUAUUUCAUCUUAUAUAUUGCUUAUUACGAAAGUCAAUAAAAAAAUGACAAAUGUCACAUCAUUAAAUUGGAAUUGUGAACGCAUCUUAGGGACUGGCGGUUUCGGAAUUGUAAAAUUAUGGAUUCAUAAACCAACCGGACAAAAACUGGCAGUAAAACAAUGUAAAUGGAAUGAUGCACAAUUAACAGCAAUACAAAAAGAGCGAUGGACUAGAGAAGUCGAAAUAAUGAAGCGCUUAACACAUCCUAAUAUCGUAAAAGCAAUACAUAUUCCAUUUAAACUUCUGGAUAAAGAUAAAAGCAUGCCUGUAUUAUGUAUGGAAUAUUGUACAAUGGGUGAUCUUAGAAAAGUCUUGAACAAACCAGAGAAUUGCUGUGGUAUUAAAGAAACAGAUACCUUAAAAAUAAUAAGUAAUAUUUUAUUGGCUGUAAAGUAUUUACACUUGCAUAAUAUUACUCAUCGUGACUUAAAACCAGAAAAUGUAGUUUUGCAACCUGUAAAAGGCACAGUUUUAUAUAAAUUAAUAGACUUGGGAUAUGCUAAAGAAAUUGGAGAGACAAGUACAUCUGCAUCUAUAGUAGGCACGUUGAAUUAUGUAGCUCCAGAACUUCUUUGUAAUGAAAAAUACAGUUGUUCUGUUGAUUAUUGGAGCUUAGGAAUACUUUUCUAUGAAAUAAUAACCGGAAAGAGACCAUUUUUACCACUUAUGCCACAUACAAUUGAAUGGAUGCAAAUUAUUAAAAAUAAAUCUAAUGAUGAUAUAUGUGCAUAUGAAUGCGAAGGAAAAGUAAUAUUUAGACAAGAUAUAGAAGAUCCAAUAGAUCUGUCUAGUUAUAUCAGAUCUGCGAUGGUAGAAUGGUUUAAAGUUGUCCUUCAAUGGGAUCCUAAGAAACGGGGUAAACAAUUAGAUGUAAAUGGAACAUUUGAAUUAGUAGUUUUUAAAUUACUUGAACCAGCUCUAUUACAGAAGGUUCUGUAUGUGUAUUGUAUGUAUUUAUAUAAGAUUAAUACAUAUGUAAUUGAUAACAACACUACACUUUCAAAUUUGCAAUUUCUUAUAGAGAAAGAUACGAAUAUUUCAAUAAAUCAACAAAUAUUAACUGAUUAUUAUGGGAAUAUCCUUCUUAAUGACACACCAGUUCUUGCGCAAAUUAAUAACUCAAUGUUAUUUGUCCUGAAAACUGGGGAUAUAUUAAUAUACAAUAUACCUGUACUAAGUAUGCCUUACCUAACACAAAAAAUGAUAGAACAAUCAAAAAGUGAACUCGGUUUUGAAGCAUUAAAUGAUUAUUAUCGUGCAACCAUAUUCAUGAUGAAACAGGAAUUGCAUUUUUUCAAUUUGUAUAUUUUUGCUUUAUCCAUAGAAGUAGAUUUAAUAAAUGCAAGACUUAUUAAAUUUGGAAAAUGUAUGGAAAAUACAUUACAAAGUACAAAUUUAUUAGCUGCAGAAGUAACUUCUUGUCAAACCCAUUAUGUUAAUCAAGAAAUAAAAAAAGAGAAAAUUGAAGCUUUGGAAGAAAAUUCUAAGAAAGUAAACAAAUUACUAACUGCUGCUAAUCAAAUACAGUUACAAUUUACUAGUUUAAAUGAAGAUAAUAAUGUAUUAAGAAACAUUGCCCAAAAUAUUUCAAUAGAAGUUUUAUAUGAAAUAUAUGAUAAAGCUUUAGAUAUAUAUAAAACUUUUAAGGAGACCUUUAACCGUAUUGGGACACCAACAAAAAUGGUUAAAGUACUUUUUGAAUUCAUAAAAUUACGAGAAGUUCAAUUUCGUGAAAACAAAAUCAUUGAAUUUGCAAGUCAAAUAAAUAAACUGGAAAAUGAACUUUUUAAAUUAGAAGGUUCAUUCGAUUCUGUAAUAGUCAUGACUAAAAAGUAUCAAGAAGAUUUGCAUUCUAUAAUAAAGGAAGAUCCAGAUAUGGAACUUUCAUCUAAAAUUGAUGAGAUUACUGAGCCUAAUAAAUCUAUAGAAUGUCAUGAUAGCUUAAUAUAUGAAAAUUUAAUAGUACGACAUACGAUGGAUAACCUUAUGACAGAAAUAGGGAAAAUAUAUCAGGAGAUAGGCUUGAUCCAUAAAAUCAAAAAUAAAUUUUGAGUUAUACAUAAUACGUGCAAAAUAUAAAUAUUCAUCAACAUUUUUUUAAUAACUAAUAUAUUAUUCCACUUUAAUUUUACAUUAUACUUGUAUCAGAAAGUUGUAUUGAAUUAACUUUUAUUACAAUUAUAAAAAAAAAAAAAUAAUAGCAUAUAUUCUUAUAUUACUCAUUUAAUAUUCACUUCUUUCUCAGUUCUAAAGAAUGUAUAUACUUUCAAUUUAUUCAUCCUUUCUAAUUCGAAUAGAAUAUUAAUUCAUAUUGUUGAAAUAGAAAAAAAAUAUAUAUAUUUGUCAUAAUGAUUUGUAAUCUCCUAUAGUGUAGUAAGUAUGGAUCUUUUUUCUACGAUUAAACCAUGAAAUAUUUACCAGGAACAGAUCCUAAGGAAUAUGAAUUCAUUUAAAGAUUAUGAUAGAAGGGAUUGUGAUUCUAUAAAACAAAAUAAAAAAUAUUAAAAUAGAUAAGGUUAAUUUAUUAUUGUAAAUUAGGGUGAAUUAAAUGAGUUUCUAUUUAAUCUAUAGAAAUAAUUUUUGAUUCAAAUAUUUUUUCUAGAAUUACUAUAAAUGAAAAUGGGAUAAAGAAAUAAAUAUGAGUGUAGAAAAAGUUUAGAUUGUAGGGUUGUUCAGAAAUUAUAUAAAAUUAUAUAGUAUAAUCUUUGUAUAAUCUUUUCGUAGAAAAAAUAAUUCUUUAAUUAUUCAUCUUAUUGCGUCUUUUAAAAGAACCGGGUGUCACCUUUUUUGAACUUGUUAUCCUCUACGUAAAAGAAAAGGCAUUUUUUCUGAAUUGAAGCUGUAAAUGUUUAAUGCACCAAUGCCUACCUAACAAAUAAUUGAAUAAAAAUUCUAAUUGGA